AUAGCUGUAACAUUUGGUUUGUUUUUCUUCUGGAUUCUAUUAUUUUUGGUUCUUUAGUUGGAUGCUAACUCCAGGCUGGUAGGUUGUGUUAAAUGGAAGAAAGAGCAGAGUAACCGCAAAUCUGGUCAUUUUUUGCACAUGUUAUCUACAAGAUGAACAGUGGCUUGUCAGGACUCUACUCUGAAGCACAGUGUGUCGUGCGUAAGGUGCUGGUUUCUGCAGAGAAUUUGCAGCUCACAGUGAGAUCGGACUUAACUCUUGAGGAAUAUGCUCUCCACAGUCAUCACAACGGCUGCAAGUUGGGAAACAAUACAGGGAAUGAGGACCUGAAGGAGAUGCUAGAGAGCAGCAAGGAGUCUCUCAAACUGGAGGCCAUGAAGAGGGUGGUGGGGCUGAUAGCAAAAGGUAAAAAUGCAUCAGAACUGUUCCCUGCUGUAGUGAAAAAUGUUGCAAGCAAGAAUCUUGAGCUGAAGAAGCUAGUUUAUGUGUACUUAGUCCGGUAUGCAGAGGAACAGCAGGAUCUUGCCCUCUUGUCAAUCAGUACCUUUCAGCGUGCUCUCAAGGAUCCAAACCAGCUGAUUAGGGCCAGCGCCUUACGGGUUCUCUCCAGUAUUCGUGUACCAAUCAUUGUGCCCAUUAUGAUGUUGGCCAUCAAAGAGGCUGCCGCUGACCUUUCACCUUAUGUCAGGAAAACAGCUGCUCAUGCCAUACAGAAGCUGUACAGUCUGGAUCCUGAUCAGAAAGAGCACCUGAUUGAAGUGAUUGAAAAGCUGCUAACAGAUAAAAGCACGCUGGUGGCAGGAAGUGUGGUUUUGGCUUUUGAAGAAGUGUGUCCCGAGCGGAUUGACCUGAUCCAUAAGAACUACCGGAAGCUGUGUAACCUUCUGAUUGAUGUGGAGGAAUGGGGGCAGGUGGUGAUUAUCAACAUGCUCACCCGCUAUGCCCGGACACAGUUCAUCAGCCCAUGGAGAGAGGAUGUUGCAUCUGAUGAAAAUGUUGAAAAGGCCUUCUAUGAUUCCGAUGAAGAGAAGAGGAAUGGUGUGACACAGACAAAACCCUACAUAAUGGAUCCAGAUCAUAGAUUACUACUACGUAAUAUCAAACCUUUACUGCAAAGCAGAAAUACUGCUGUGGUAAUGGCUGUGGCACAGCUAUAUUGGCAUCUGGCCCCUAGGCAUGAACUCAACAUCAUCACCAAAUCUCUGGUGCGACUGCUGAGGAGCCACAGAGAGGUUCAAUAUAUAGUGCUGCAAAAUAUCGCCACCAUGUCCAUUCAGAAAAAGGGCAUGUUUGAGCCAUACUUGAAAAGUUUUUAUGUAAGAUCAACAGAUGCUACACAUAUCAAAAAACUCAAGCUGGAAAUCCUAACUAAUCUGGCUAAUGAGGCCAAUAUCUCCACCAUACUUCGCGAGUUCCAGACAUAUGUUAAGAGUCAGGACAAAGAGUUUGCAGCCACUACUAUUCAGGCGAUUGGAAGAUGUGCGACCAACAUCUCUGAGAUCACAGACACAUGUCUCAACGGCCUCGUGCUACUACUUUCCAGCCAAAAUGAGACAGUUGUAGCAGAAAGUGUGGUUGUCAUUAAGAAGCUGCUGCAGACACAGCACUUGGAGCAUUGUGACAUCAUCAGGCACAUGGCUAAGCUGUUUGACAGUAUUACGGUGCCAAUGGCAAGGGCAAGUAUUCUGUGGCUCACUGGUGAAUACUGUGAGCAAGUGCCUAAAAUAUCUCCUGAUCUUCUGAGGAAAGUGGCAAAGACCUUCACCAGUGAAGAGGACAUUGUUAAAAUGCAAGCAGUGAACCUUGCAGCCAAACUGUACCUUACUAACUCGAAACAGACUAAGCUGUUGGUACAAUACAUCCUGAAUCUGGGAAAGUAUGAUCAGAACUAUGACAUCAGAGAUCGUACAAGGUUUAUCCGACAGCUAAUUGUUCCCAAUGAGAAAAGUGGUGCUUUGAGCAAAUACGCACGGCGGAUUCUGCUGGCACCCAAACCAGCCCCGGUGCUGCAGUCUGCCUUUAAAGAUCGGGAUCGUUUUCAGCUUGGCACGCUAUCCCACACUCUAAACUCCAAAGCCACAGGGUAUUUGGAGCUCUCUGAUUGGCCGGAUGUGGCUCCUGACCAGUCUGUGAGAAAUGUGGAGGUCGUGGAAGUGAAGAAUGAAUGGACUCCAUCUGUCAGCAAAGCCAAACCUGCCUCAUCAGAUGACAAGUUUUACUCAGACUCAGGAGAGGAAGAAGAGGACGAGGAGGAAGGAUCUGAUGGCAGCAGUGAAGGCAGCAGUAGCAGCAGUAAAGAGUCAAGCAGCAACACAGAGAGUGAGGAAGAUAGUGAAAGUAGCAGCAGUUCUGAUGAGAGCUCCAGCCAAUCAGAGAAAAGCAGCGACUUGGGUUCUGACACAAAAAAAAGGAAAACUCAGAAAAACAAAGAACUUCAACAAGGCACAAAACUCAGUAUCAAAAGUGACUCAGAUGUUGACCAAAACAACAGGCAUUUGGGGAAGACUGAUUCAGGCAGCGAGUCGAGGACCUCAGAGGACAGUUCUAGCUCUGAGUCUGACUCUGAUUCAGACUCCCCAACUGAACAAAUACCAAAAACCACACCUAAAUCAGUUAAGAAGGUGGAGAAACACAAGAAAGCAAAAGAGAUUUCUCUUUUGGAUCUAGAUGACUUUUCACCCACUGUUGUUACCACAUCUAAGAGCUCCUUCCUCUCCCCAAGUCUUUUAUCUGACCUGCAAGGCCUGUCACUUUCAGCCUCCUCUACCCCAGCCAUCCAGGUUACCAGUCCCGUGUUUGUUCCAGUUCGUUCUUUUGAGCUGCUCCAUAACAUGACUGGAAAAGGCCUGGCUGCUCAAUAUCACUUCCCGCGGCAACCAUGUAUCUAUGGUAACCACAUGGUUUCUCUUCAGUUGACACUUAGCAACCACAGUGACCACGUUCUACACAACAUCCAUAUAGUGGAGACGGCAUCCACCAGUCUGAAAAUCCACCACUUCAGCCCCAUAGAGAGUUUGGAGCUGGGGGCAUCAAUAACAGUUUCAGUUGGGGUAGAUUUUAAUGACUCAACCCAGGCGGCCAGUUUCCAGUUAUGUACUGAAGAAGACCGCUUCAAUGUGUCUAUUCAGCCAGGAGUGGGAGAACUACUACUCCCUGUCACCAUGUCUGAGCAGGACUUUAACAAAGAGCAAGGAAAACUACAGGGGAUGAAUGAAAGCUCAACCAAAAUCAACCUGUCAUCCAAAAACACCCCGAUCAGUGACAAGGUCAUGAACAUAGCUAACAUGGGUGUGGUGCCAUCUGAAGAAAAUUAUAUGCACAGGUUUGCAGCCAAGCUGGUGAGCUCGGGCUCCCUGGUGUUGGUGUGUGUGAUGCAGAAAGAUGCCAGCGCUCAACUAACUGUCAACACAGAAAAGACGGUCAUCGGCUCCAUGCUGCUGCACGAGCUCCAGAUAGCACUUGGUGCCCCUUAGAAUUACACCUUUUAUCACACACCCCAAAAAAAACCUGCAUCAAAUACGCCAACUGACCAUUUUGUAUUCCUGUGAGUAGGAGGGAGUGAGAGAGAACACCUUUUGUCUGUUCCAGUUACUAUGAAUAGCAAACCAAACAUAUAGUUUUCCUAUGUUUUUCUGAAAUUAUUUUUGGACCAGCAAUCUAAGCCAAAUUUAUUGCAAACUGACUUUUUUGUUUCGCCCAUAUCUGUACUCUUAUAGACAGACAAAACACAAAAUUCUUCCAGAUACAUGUUUUUAAAUGUAUGAUCAUUUAAAUGUUGAUGAUUGACAAAAGAUAAAAAGGCUUUCUUUCAAAAUCCAGAUCAUGACCUAUAUAGUAGCACUGGUUUAACAAAAGGCGAGUGCGUUACUUUAAUUAGGUCUUUCUUGCAUAGAAAACUUGCGUGAAGAAGUACUUCAGCAGGGGUUAUCUACUGCAUAUCUACUGGAUAUGUGCUCUUACCACAGACAAUAUUUUGCCUGUAUUGAGAAGCUUUUCACUUUUUUGAAAAAUAAAUGAAAACCUGUUUAUGACGCACUCAAAAUGGAAAUAUCUGUAAUCAUUAGGUAAAUUCUUUUAUUUGUGAAAGUUGCAUUUUUGCAUUCUUAAAUCAAAGAUAUUUUUAAGAAAACGCUUAAAAGCUGUAUUGUUUUCUGAAAUGUGACAACAAAAGGACAAAUGUGUGGUUACAGUAGCAGAGUUGCUGUGUGGAUCUGUUAAAAAGAAACGUCUACCACAGUGUGUUACCAGAUUAAUAUUCUGUCUGUUUUAUUCUUUAGGCUCUUCUUUCUUGAGUUACAGUGUAGUUUUAAUUUACUUGUAUCCUGUUUUGUAUGACUUCUUUAAAUGAUUUCAGCAGACCACCAUUAGUGUAUUACUGUUAUAAUGUGUAAACAGUUUAGCAUUUUUUUAUUCAGCACAAAGAAACAUUAAAAUUUAGUAGUAAAUACACCUACACUACAGAUAAAUGGAGAUUGGAGGACUUUAUGCUCCUUUAUUGCAUGCUGUUCUUUAUUCAAGAUUAGAGACCAGUCUUCCAGGCUAUAGCUAUAACUCUCAUAUGUACAUGCACUUUGGGCCAUCAUUGAAAAGGCCGUCCUGUUGUCAUUUUUAUGAGAAAGUGAGUGCAUCUCUCCAUCGUGCCUAAGUGUAGGUUGUAAGGAUGCCACAGAGCCAUUAGAAUCUGGACACAUACACAAUUAUUAUUCUUAAAUGCAAGGUUUGUGGGGUUUUGACCCAUUGAAAAAGUUGCUAUAAAUAUUGGGGGGGGGGGGAAAGAUAAAAUAAAAACUUUAAAAAAAAAAACAAUGUCAGUUUAUUUUCUUUUACAGAAAUAAAACUUGUUGACUGUUUAAAAUAUUCAUUGAGGCCCCAGGAAGAAGGUAAAAGCACAAUUCUGACUGGCCCACUUCAGUGGGCUAUAUCUGCUUCUGUUGAUGGAAUAGAAUUUUCUGUUGUUGAAUGACAUUGAUGUCUCCAUGUUGUGACUGAAGCGCUUGUUUCUGUCUUGCUCUAAACUAAAGCAGAAAAUCAAGAGUUGAGACAUUCUAGUGAUUGUAAUUAUUUUUAAACUCCGAAUGCCUAUUUUUUUUUAAUGUCUGCUGUAAAAACACAAAACUGUCAAAGCUUUGCAGUGACAUUGAAGUGUGUGUGUGUUUAAGUGAGAGAAAGAUAUGACUGUAUUGCCAUGGCAACUGCCUAUUUGAGCCACAUGCUCCACAUGCUGUAACGGCAACCAUGCUGUUAAUUAGUAGCUGGCUGUACGUGGCUUAAAUAAGACCCUGGGAAUUAAUUGCUAUGAUUGUGUGUUCAUGUGGUUUCAUCUAUAAGAGUCAAAUUCGUGGUUCAGGAAGCCUGAAACUGAACUGGUAUCAUUUAAUGGUGUGAACAUUAAAUAAAGUAAUUUUUUCCUUGAAUUUGAGAAAUAUUAAUAAAAAAUAGAAUGUG